CGUGAGACGCGUAAAAUUCGAAAAAUAUAGUUUUGUUUAGCUAUAACCAAAAUACAGUCUUUUCCCUGCAUUUAUCUGUAGUUUGUAUAGUAUAAUACAAUAUGUGGUGGCUAAUAGGACUUGCCUAUCGGCUGAUAGCCGAUUCCAUCAUUGACUUUAUCUUCUUUAUCCUCAUUGAUGCUGUCGCUAAAAACCCUAUCAAAGAAGCGAGGUCCCCUGAAGAGAAACGGAGGAUCUGGCUAUGGGAGAGCCUCAUAUUGGGGUUCGUGUGCCUGAUGAUCUAUGCACUUGACCACACGCCAUAUGUGGGCUUGGCCUUGACCUUCGCAACACUUUUGUAUACACAGUUACUGAACAGAUUAGACAUCAGGUACUGGUGGCGAUAUUUGUUUGAAAGAUGGGAAGAACACCAACAGCACACAGAAAAUAUACAGCUCAUAAAUGAGAAACAAAAGCGCAUGGAACUGUGGAGAAAAUUCAGCAUGCAAACGCCUGUCAGUAAACCUGUUCUUAGUCGCUUAUCAGACUUUAUAACAAGGAAGGCUGAGACAAAUAUGACUCCAAUUCAACAAACACCGGUGUUUUCUCUUAAUAAGAUGUACAUGCCACAACAGGGCCAACAGCCACAUGCAAAUGCUGUUAACUCUUAUGCCACAGUUAGCACGACUAAUAAUAUAGUUACGAGUGUUGCUCCACCAUCUGAAAUGCCAGGGUUUGCUACUAGACAGGUUCAGUCAUCACAGCAGAGCUUUGCUCCAACUAAUGCACCUGUUUUCACUAGUACACAGAAUUCUAAACAGUCGGUUUUUCAAGCUGAUUCAUCCCCGAUUCGCCCCGUUACAAACUGGUUUACAAAAACAGACUUGAAGAGACGACCCCUUGGCACAUAUGAUAGCAGAAACAACUCCCCUUAUACAUUUUCUAGUACCAGGACAGGAAUUCGACAAAGGUUUAUGUCAGCUUUCGGAUUUAACGAAAGGGAAGACAAGCCAGCAGGGUUAAGAAACGAGGGACAGAACCUGUGCUUUCUGAACUGUAUACUUCAGUGCCUUGCAAAUACCCCACAUCUAGUAGAUCAACUUUAUGCGGAAAUAAACAAAGACCUAGAUUGUUCAGAAGCAGAGAGUACCAUGAUUGCUUCGCUAGCGGAGAUAUUAGCGCAGUGUCAAAAGACUAAAACUGACGGUGUACUAGACCCAACUCUGUUCCGUGAGUCAGUGGCCACGCUGGAUGGUCGAUUGGUCUGUCCUCCAACAGAGAAACAACAUCAGCAGGAUACGGCAGAGUUCUUCAUGUGGUUGAUGGAGUCCCUGCACGGAGCACUGAACAAGAAAAGUUGCACUGAAAUGACAGUUGAAAAGGGUUCUAGUAUGGAGACGCUGAAGUUUAUCUACGGUGAUCUUAAUGAGAAGAGAGUUAAUGACCUCAAGCAGGGAUGCAGAAGAGAGAUUGAGGCUGCAAAUGGGCUGAAUAUUGAAAGCUAUGCAGAGCCAAUACAGCGUCUGUCUGACCUGGAGUGGCUUACACACAAGCAAGUGAACAAUUCUGUAGUGGAUAACCUGUUUACUGGACAGCUUGUCGAAGCAUAUCAUUGUCUAGUUGACAAUCACCUCACUGUUAGUACUCAGACUUUCAAUAUUCUCCCCGUUCCUAUAGUAAGUCCACGAGAUGUGUCUGGCCUUGUUCAUUUGGAGGACUGUUUUACAAAGUUUUGUAACAUAGAACAUUUAGCUGUCACAGAUGGCUUUCAGUGUAGUCAGUGCCAGAAAAACUCAAACAUUCAGGGACCACUUUCAACAGCUCAGAGAAACACUAGGUCUGCUUUGAAAGGUAGACCAAUGAAUUCACAUGGGAGUGUUGAUUCAGCAUUCCAAUCAACCGUAUUAUCCCCAUCAUCGUGUAUGUCGCCCAUACCCCGUCAGGAGGGCGUCAAUGACAGUGGUUUUCAGGACAAUGUGUUCAGAACAUCAACCCCUGUUAACAAUGAAAUGUCGAGAUUCUUGUUCCCAUCUCGUCACAUCAGAGAAACAGAGAGAAGAUGCUUACUGAAGCAACUGCCCGAGUGUCUUGUUAUUCAGCUAAUGCGCUUUUCUUAUAACCAGUUUUCACAACAGUGUAGGAAAAUUAGUUCCGCUAUUAGUAUUCCCAUUAAAGGUCUUGAUCUCACCGACAUUGUGUUCGACAAUGUGACAAAUAGAGAGGACAUGUCUGCAGAACAGAAGGUGAAGAAAUAUGACUUGUACGGUAUUUGUGUGCAUCUCGGUGCAGAAACGACACAUUUUGGACAUUAUAUCUGCUACUGUCUGGCAGGGAAUGGCACUUGGUAUAAGUUUGAUGAUGAACUCGUUUGGGAAGUGAAUAUCGAGUACGAGAUGACAACGCGGGAAAUACGAGAAAAUGCGUAUCUGCUGUUCUACAAACGGGCCAAAGAUUCAGUAUGAAUUAGGUUGAUGGCAUUAAGUGUGAUUGUCCAUAUAUAUAUAUAUGUAUAUAUGUGCCUUCUAUUUAAUAGAGAGAUGAAUUCAGUUGUACAUAAAUUAGGAAUGUCAUGUUGUUUUAAUCAUUAAUAAAUGCACAGUACUUGAAUGUUAUUUCUCUGCAUCUUCUACACUUAUCAAGAUAGAUAUCAUAAGAUUGAAAUAUUAAAAAUAUGUUAUUUUUUACAAAAGUUUAAAGAAUUUUAUUCCUUAGCAAGGCCUUUACUGGUUUUAAUCUUACAUCAUAUAUAAAUAUGAAAACAUAUUUAAAUAUUUUAAUAUGUAGUUACAUACACUACAUUCUGUUCUAAAAGAUAAAUAAAGUGCCCUUCAAACUUGUUUGAACAACAACGCAGUGGUGAAAUGGUAAUUGAUUCAGAUUUUCCAUAUAAAUAGAACUGGGAAAUGGUUACUUACAAUUUCAUGCGAAAUAGUGAUGUUAGCAUUUCAAUGACUUGGGCCUCCUUGAAAUUUUAUUUGCUUCACAUAUUUACUGCAAUUAAUAAAAUGUUGUCGUUCUAGCAUAUUAUUGACGAGUAAAAGAAAUUUUGUUUCGUAAAUAAGUCGUCAUUUCCUUGACAAGCCUGAAUGCUAUUUGUUCAUAAAUAUAAUAAGAUUUUAACGAACAAACCUGAUCAAAUUUAUAAACAAUGAAACCUUGAAUUUUAAACUAGCUGGGUUUGCAGGCAUGUGCCAAUUUUUAAUCUUUGGCACUUAGUAUGGUAAUAUAAUCAAAUGUAUUGCUCUGAACACCUCUGACAAAAACACUUCUACAAGUGACUCAUAUUUGCGUUCUCAUGAUAUGCAGAUCGCAAAUCUGCAUGAAGGCUAAGUUAAAAAAAGUUGAUUUGAUAAGGGAUUGAAAACUGGCCAAAUUCAUUAAAGAUAUAUACUGUUUUUCUCAAUUUUUUAAAGAUGCACUAUUACUCCCAAAUAAGAUUUAAUAUAAUCGUUUUAACAUACCAAAAUGGAUGAACAAAUGUUGAAAAAAAUGGUGCUCAUUAAGGAUACCGAGUUUAAUUUGAAAGAAAUGUGCAGAAAAUCCGGUAUUGCUACCUUAUGAGGCGAUAGUAGAUCGCAGUAAAUCUUUUAGCAUUCACCAAUCAUUUAAUAUUUUUGCGUUUUCAGCUAUUGAAUACACGGUUAUAAAAUUGUUAGCAGUAAUAAAUAUUUUCCAUAAAUGCAUUAUUUAGAAAGUAUUUAAGGGUGUAUCACUCAAAAUCUAUGUUUGUUAUACAUGUGUAUGUAUUGAUUUUGAAUAAGAGUGUCACUUUAAGAGAAUUUUUAUAGCAUGGCAAUAAUUGUUUCCGAGAUUUUGUGAUCAAUUAUGAUGACCUCCUAUGCGAUCAAAAUAUAAACACUACUAGAUCAACAUUUUAUUGCUAUAGUAUUACAUUUUAAAGAUAUAUUGUUGAAGGACUUUCUGAAGCUAUUGUAUGAUGUUACAUCCAAUUUGUCAUAUUUGAAAAUAAAGAUACUAUAAUACAAUUUUGCAAUUAAUAAUCUAAAAUAUCUUCUUACACAUUAUUUACUGUAUGUAUUCAGGUUACUUUAUGUACCAACUUUUGAUGGUCUCUUUCACUGUAUGGCAAUAUUGAAUAAAUAAUGGUCUCUUUCACUG